UGCUAGUAUAUUUUGUCUAAUGUUGACAACGAUCACCGCGCAGUGACGUCACGACGAAAAACCGCUGCUGGACUGCGGCUUCGCUUGCAUGUACACAAAGGCGAUCGAAAAAUACACACAUUUAAGGCAUUAUUUCUCGAGUUAAAUUUGAAUUGGAAACCUAGGAUUUCGUGAGAGAGUGGAAAGACUAACAUGUGUGUUUUAAAGCACACAUUCGUACACUGAAUGAAGCUUCAAAAUCUACUCCUAAGUUCUCGAGGAGUGUAUAGUCACUUCAAUCAUUGCUAGACUUGGAAUUUUUGGAAAGAAUCAUGCUGUAAUUGGCGAAAUGAGUUUGAUAUUGUCCACGGGUGCAUUGCUAAAGUUUUUACAAAGGGGAAUGAUCAAGCGUUUAAAUUCACAAAAUCGUAAGCUUAUCUUGGAGGUGAAUCAUUAAAAUAAGUGCUUUACAAAUUGAAAGUAUGGCCUGUUUAAUACGUCGCAUUUUACAUGAGCCGAAUGCAUUCAAAACAAAAGAUAAUGAGGAAUUUUAUCUUCAUUUUCGUCUCUUAUGCAUUUGGCCUAUGAAGUGUUGAAGAAUUAUAAAGAAGGGGCAGAGCCCCCCUUACUUGACAAAAAAUUCUAACAAGGGGAGCCGAGCCCUUCUGAGCCCCCUUUCCAAUACACCCCUGAUAUUGUCCACUGAGUCAACGACAGACUAGAGCUUUGAAAAUAUCUUACAUAAUCUUACAUAAAGUAUAACAUAAGAAUGUUGAGAAAAGCGCGGGGAAUUCGGCCAUCUUUUACAAUUGCUUAUUGUUUGAUCAAAUAAAGCGAAAUAUAAAGGUUGGAAGUAGAACCUGACGAAUUCUUUAUAUGUUUGCUGUGUGAUGGCAAAAAAUGAGUGCUUUGAAAAUGUGAUUUCUACUGAAAAUACUGAUUUGGAUGAACAUGUCGACCUAACUCACUCAGGCUCGCACUCAGAUGUUGAAUUCGCCGAACUAUUUGAGAAAGUUCCUAUUUUAAAAAAUAUUUUUCUCAUGAAGUCUAAGAUUGGUGAAGGUACAUUUAGCAAUGUUUACCAGGCUCAUCUUGUUGAACAUCCAGAUGAAUUGUUUGCCUUAAAGCACAUCAUACCUACAAGUUCACCAGAUCGUGUUGAAAGAGAAAUACGAUGUCUACAGGAAAUGGGUGGAAAGAAUAAUGUGAUUGGCUACAAAGGAGCUGUACGACACUAUGAUCAUACUGUCAUCAUGUUACCAUAUUUUCCUCAUGAUAGAUUUCAGACUUACUUUCUUGAGAUGACCACAUCAGACAUAAAAGACUACAUGAAGAAUCUUUUCAUUGCUCUGAAACAUAUUCACAGUUUUGAUAUAAUUCAUCGAGAUAUUAAACCUGGUAAUUUUCUACAUUCACGGCAAUCUGGAAGAUAUAAUCUUGUUGAUUUUGGUUUGGCAAUGCAUGAAUCUCAGUCUAAAAAAUCGUGGGAGAUAGAGAAGAAAAAUGAUAAAUACAAUCCAUAUCCAACAGACAAAACUACAAGACCUUCGUCACCAAAAAGGGCGAAGAGAAACGGCCAACCAACGAAGAAGCAACGAACAAGUCCAAGAUUUAUGAAGAUCUCGCACAAACUUAAUUCGCGUUCUCAUGUUUUCGUUCCUAAAACGAAAGCAAAAUGUACGAAGUUGAAAGACAUCACGUUCGUUGCGUCCAACAAACACGCAAAAUCAAACCUUAACCACGAAACGAUGAAAAUUUCUCAUAAACUUGCCGUAGGACUGUGUCAGACUAAACACAAAUCUUAUGAAAUAUGUUCUUUGUGUAGUAAAAGAGCAGUACAAAACGCUCCUCGAGCUGGUACAUCUGGAUUUCGGGCUCCAGAGGUCUUGUUGAAACAUCCGGAGCAGACUACAGCUGUCGAUAUGUGGUCAGCUGGAGUGAUAUUGUUAUGUCUUUUGACUGGAAAGUAUCCUUUCUUUCGCUGUGCAGAUGAUAUGACUGCUUUGGCUCAGAUAAUGACCGUCUUUGGUAAGCAACGUGUUGUUGAAAGUGCGAAAUUCCUGGGUAAAUACAUGGUGAGCAACUCCACGUGUCCUGGUUAUGAACUAAAGGAACUUGCACAAAGAUUACGAGCAUCAAAUAUGGAGGAAGAGCGACCUAUGAACUGCUGUGAAUCCUGCAAAGCAGGUUCAACGGAAAAGCAAGCGUUUACCUCUAUAACGGAUAAAGCAAAUAUCGACGGAUUGGAUGAAGACGAAAAGUUUUGUGUUACAUUGAAUAAUUGCAGAUGUAGCAACGAUGUAAGUGAUCAUGUAACUGGCAGAAGAGCAUGCAUUCAAAGUAAAUGCAUCAAUGAUUCUGACUCAAGAGUUGGAGUUCCCAAUGAUAAAGAUGAAGAUCGUACAAUGUCGGAAAGUGGUCGGUCCUUUUCGAAAGAGGCGACUGAACGCGAAGGAGGAAAACUUUCCGUGAAAGAACAUCUUGAUGGAAGCCCAUGUUUAUGUGUUUGUGGUUUAUGUAAGAAUUACGUUCCCUUGACCGUGUAUGAUCUUCUUGAAAGGUGUCUGGAUUUAAAUCCAACAACAAGAAUAACUGCAAGCGAAGCUCUUAGUCAUCCUUUCAUUUGCGAAAACAUCAACUCUUUAGAUUGUGCCAAGUUAUAGGAAAGUUGAUAGUGAGAAGUUAAUAUGAUGAAUUGUUGAAGUUAAAAUGUGUAAGCCUGUGUCUUGUUAGUUUAAACUGACUACUAUUAAAUAUUAGCUAAAUAAACUGUAAAUUACACGGCAGAUAUUCAGGCAUCUAGGAAUUUUAAGUGCUUCAUCUGUGCUUGUCAUUUCUAAUACGAUGCCAUAUCUGUCUAAGAUUGCUAUAUUUUUGUUCACACCAUGAAUAGAAGUCAGUAUUUGAAUUAUAAAAAUGCAUUAUUUUUGUAUUAAUUAACAGUUAUAAACUUAGAACUAAAUUCUCAUUACUUCAAUUAGAUGCAUCUCCGUAAUCUUAUAAUGAUAGCAUAUUAGUUUUUUCUAUAUCCAACAUGUAAUAUAGAAAUUUAUACUUUGGGUUGUGUUAUCUUUAAAUCUACAACGUUUUUGACAGUCCA